AUGCUCGCCCUCAAGGCGCGUGUUGGAGCCUCUCAGCUUUUUUUCUGUCUGCUCUUUUUCAUCGGCGCUUUCGCGACAACCGCCUUCUCUGCGUGCCUGCCUGCACGUGGGAAUGUAGACGAAAAGUUUCUCCUCGGAUCACACCCUGCGCCGUCAAUUCUGUCUCAUUCGUCUUUUCGGGCUUCCGCCCGUCCUCUUUCUCUUUUGCCUCUGUUCUUCCUCUCCCCCAACACAACACAUGGAGUAGCUUCUUUCGUUUGCCUCUCUCCAUCUGCCUUUUACCCUUUCUCGCUUUCUGAUUAUUUCUCGCUCUCUCAUUCUUUUUCUGUCGCUCCUUUCCCUCGUUUCACGAGAACCUCCACUGGAACGUUCCUCAAGCGCUCUCAUAGCACUGCGUUCAGGUUGUUGCCGUCUUUUCCCUUACACCCGUCACUGUGUCGCCGUUCUUGUACCUCCUAUUCGCCUCCUUUCUCUUCUUUCGCUCCGCACCCUCCCGCAGCUCUCUGCUCUUCUCGACUGUCUAGGUCGUCUAUCGAGCUCUCGUCUCCUUUUACAGGCGACGAGAGAGAGCAGCGAGGCGAGAGAGAAGAGUGCGGGAACGAGCGAGAAGGGCGAGAAACAAGAGAGAGAGACUUUUUCUUUCCAGAGAGACAGAAAACGCCCGACAAGAAAGAAGUCUUGGUCGCCCCCCAUCCUCUCCUGCGUCUUCCUUCUCACCCCGAGGCAGACUGGAUGGCGAAAGAGACGAAGGCCAUAGCCAGAGAAUUGUUCGCUAUCAUGUACAGAGAUGGAGGAAUAGGCCUCGCUGCUCCUCAGGUUGGCCUCAGCCUGCAGAUGAUUGUCUGGAAUCCGACUGGUGGCUUUCGCGAGGUUUCUCAGGAGCGAGUUUUCCUCAAUCCACGGAUUCUCUCGCUCUCUGGCCCCCUUGUCUCUGACGUCGAAGGCUGCCUCUCUGUCCCGGGCGUCUUCGCGCCUGUCGAGCGACCGAUGCAUGCCCGUGUUCGUUACACGAGCCUCGAGGGGGACCAGCACGAAGUGAACUUGUCGGGCUUGGAGGCACGAGUAGUGCAGCACGAGAUCGAUCACCUUCACGGCAUUCUUUUUGUAGACAGAGCCAAGGCGUGA